GGAGGCGGAAGCCACAAAAGGCGCCGGGGAAGAGGUUGACCCUCCGGAGACUAGGGAAGCGUACACCAGGUGAUCAGACGGUCGGCUCAUUAGGGGUUGCCCAGGGGCGACGAGCGCUCAGUGAUCCCAGUGGCUCCAUGGCGUUCUGCAGCUUCUUCGGGGGCGAGGUUUUCCAGAACCACUUUGAGCCAGGUGUCUAUGUAUGUAGCAAAUGUGGCUACGAGCUGUUUUCUAGCUGCUCUAAGUAUGAACACUCAUCCCCAUGGCCAGCAUUCACUGAGACCAUCCAUGCUGAUAGUGUGGUUAAGCGUCCAGAGCACAACCGACCUGAAGCCCUAAAGGUGUCCUGUGGCAGGUGUGGCAACGGGUUGGGCCAUGAGUUCCUCAAUGAUGGCCCCAAGCCAGGGCAGUCUCGAUUCUGAAUAUUUAGUAGCUCGUUGAAGUUCAUUCCUAAAGGCAAAGAAACUUCUUCCUCCCAGGGACACUAGGCGGGCAGACUACAUCUACCCUAGCUGGACUUGACAACAGGACCACAUUCUGGGCAUCCUACCUUGGAAUUAAAACCCCAGACAUUCAGACAAGAAAGCAGGCAGGCUGGAUGAAACCUCACGAAAGCUCCCAAGCCUUGGUUCUGAACAAGAUCUUCUUUCCUGGUAGUUUAUACCCUCUGCCAGGACAGGCUGGGAUCCACUGUCAGUUGUCUUAUCCUCCUGCUCACUCAAGGAGGUGGGCUCAUCUUUGAAUGACAUUACGCCCUCAUCUUCUCUUCUUGGCCUGCUGCCUAUACCUUGUCUGUCUGGACUCACUGGUCCUCACCAAAGCUUAUACCCACAUUCCCCAGCUGUGCUAGGAAACAGUGCAAAUGGAAGUUGGCCAUCUGCUCCAGCCCAAGUCAAUGCAUGAUCUCCUCUGGCUAAAUCCUUCCAGGCCAGCCAGGGUGGUGAUGUCUGUGACCUGCUGGGGGAGCAGGCCAAUGGGACACACCUUUGGUUUCCUGUCCAUGAAGGGGGAAACCUAAACACUGUUUCAUAAUCUGUGUGGAUGUAGUUUGCCUAACUGAGGCUUAGGAAAGUGGCUGUUGCUUCAGUACUUUAACUGGUACAGGGCUGGGGCUCUGGAGUUUACACCCUGCAGAGUCAUCCCUUCCCAAGAUAUGGUGACUGUGCCUUACUGUCCCUCAGAGCUCAUGCUCAGAGCUCUUGCCAUAUGGGAGGGUGAAUGAUGAGGUGGAAAUCAAUAUAGAAGUGAAACCUAA